AUGUCUGGUGCCAAGGCUGUACUGAAAGCCAUUGGUGACUCUGUGAAGCAGCAAAAAUGGAACGAUGCCAUCCAGAAGGCAACGGAUUUUCUUGAGCGAGAGCCAAAGAACUACCAAGCAACCAUCUUCCUUGCCUUUGCGCUAGACAAGAAGGGCCGCGUAGAUGAUUCAGAGAAGGCUUACAAGUCUGCUGCCUCGCUGCGACCCAAAGACAGCCAAGCGUGGCAAGGCCUCAUCAAGCUCUACGAGAAGCAGGAUCGCAAACGCUUAAGCGCCUACCAGCAAGCGGCCAUCAGCUUGGCCGAGAUUUACCGAGAUGCAGAAGACAUGUACAAGUGCCAAGAUAUCAUUGACAAAUUCAUUGAUUUUGCAAGAUCUCAAGGAGAUACUUCGCAAUACGUGGAGGCCCUUAGUGUCAUCCUUCCGGGAAGUCCAAUUUAUCCCGCUCUUGAGGGCCGAGUCCCGCACCCGGCCAAGACCUUCGAAACGAUGGCGCAAAUAAUCGAGACCGACGAGAAGAAGCGCAUAAAUACUCUCAUUGGCGAAAGGCGGACAAGGAUUGGCGCACGCCUGAGUGAGGUGACUCUUGAGGUCAAGCGGGAAGUCAUGGCGCAGAGCAAGCUGGAGUUCGUCUACCACCAACUGAUCAACUGGACGAAUGAUGACGAUCUCCGGCGGAAGUAUGAAGAAAAGCUUCUUCAGUACUGCUACGACCGUCUUCUGGUCGCACCACAUGGCCCAGAAAAGGGCCAAGCUCUUCAAGCUGUCCUGAAACUGGCGCUUGACAUGGUUAUUAUCAAGCACCCCUUUCGGCUUGCCUGGGAGAUUGCCAUUGACUACAAGGACGCAAAGGAAAUCAAGGAAUGGGACGUCAAUAUGCUGAGAGACUAUUGCUCAUUCUUCCCUGAAACCGAUCUCUACAAAGUCAUCACUGGCUUUUUGACCAGUAGUAUCUCUCCUUUCCCCAAACCAACACCGGCAGCACUUGAAGCCGAAGAAACCGAGGAAGAGAGCGAAGACGAUGAGGGAGGUGGCGUUUCUAUGGUGCCGCUCACAGAACAGGAUAGAAUCCUGAUGAUGACCGAGGGCAUCACUACGUCCAACUCAUUGUUUGCUCAUCGUUUGAUGGGAGAGUACUACCAACACUUGGAAGAGCACGAAUCGACCGUGGAACUGACGCGCAAGUCGAUGGGACACAUCAAGACGGAGAGAAACAAGACUGGAAUGACGUUCCAGAAUACUCAUGAUGCCUUCUCUUUGUACCUGGCAACGGCCUUGGUAUUCUAUCAGUCUCCGAGACAUCACACUGAGGCAAAGUCGCUGUUCGAUGGGGUUCUGUCUCAUGAUCCGUCAUCGACUCCAGCAUUGAUUGGCGUCGGUCUUAUCUACGAAGAAGAGGAGGACUACGACGACGCAAUAGAUUUCUUUGGACGUGCGCUGAAGAGAGACCCCUCCAACCUGCGGGUCAAGACCGAAUCUGCCUGGGUUCAAGCUCUCAAGGGAGACUUUGAGACUGCAAAGGCAGAGCUGGAGGAUUCGCUACCCCUGAUCGAGAAGAUGUCAACGCCUUCAAAAGAGCUUCUUGCGCAAACACAGUAUCGGCUGGGUUCUUGCAUUUGGAACAUUGAUGCAUCCAAGCCGGCCCGCAAGAGCCGCACAGGCGCCUAUUUGUACUUCUUGGACGCCUUGAAGAGCAAUCUCAACUUUGCGCCAGCCUACACGAGUCUUGGUAUCUACUACGCCGACUAUGCCAAAGACAAGAAGAGAGCUAGACGCUGCUUUCAGAAGGCCGUGGAAUUGUCUGCCUCCGAGGUCGAAGCCGCCAAGCGCCUUGCGGAGUCUUUUGCCGACGAAGGUGACUGGGACAGAGUCGAGCUCGUGGCCCAGCGUGUAGUUGACUCGGGCAAGGUCAAGCCGCCUCCGGGCUCCAAGAGGAAAGGCAUCAGCUGGCCGUUCUCCGCGCUCGGUGUGGCAGAGCUGAACAAGCAGGACUUUCACAAGUCCAUUGUGUCCUUCCAAUCUGCCCUGAGAAUUCACCCCGAGGACUACCACUCCUGGGUUGGUCUAGGCGAGAGCUACUACUCCUCUGGCCGAUACAUCGCAGCAACCAAGGCGAUCCUCAACGCACAGAAAUUGGAGGAGACUGUGGCUGCUGAGACCCUGGGCGACACUUGGUUCACCAAGUACAUGCUUGCUAAUGUCAAGCGUGAGCUGGCCGAAUUCGACGAGGCCAUCACUCUCUACCAGGAUGUGAUUGAGGGCCGCCCCAAUGAAGACGGAGUAGCCAUUGCUCUGAUACAAACAAUGGUUGACAGCGCCCUCGAUAGUGUCGAAAAGGGUCUCUUUGGUAAGGCGGUGCACCUCGCCAUCGACACUAUAGACUUUGCAUCAAAGGCUGCUGUCAGUGUGACUGAAACCUUCAACUUCUGGAAGUCGCUUGGUGAUGCUUGUUCCGUCUUCUCUGCGGUACAAAGCCGAGCGGUCGACUUUCCAGCAAAUUUGAUCAUGACACUUAUCGAAAGUGGCGACAAGGAGGCGUAUGACCUCUUUGCCGACGUGGACAACGUGGGAACUGGGGUCAUCUCCGCAAAGGGCCUGUUCUCUGAAGACGAGAGACUCGGUGUUGAUCUGACGAGAUGCAUCCACGCAACGAUCCUGUGUCACAAGCGGGCAAUCCAUGUCUCAGCAAACGACUUGCAUGCCCAAGCAGUUGCAUACUACAACCUCGGCUGGGCUGAGCACCGAGCCCAUAUUUGCCUGCCCUCAAGCAUCAGGAAAAAGUCGAGCGUCUACUUGAAAACCGCCAUGAAGUGCUUCAAGCGAGCCAUUGAGCUGGAAGCCGGGAACUCGGAUUUCUGGAACUCUUUGGGUGUCGUCACGAGCGAGGUCAAUCCGGCCGUCUCGCAGCAUUCCUUCGUUCGCAGCUUACACCUGAACGAGAGGAGCCCGGCAACCUGGACCAAUCUUGGUACCCUAGCUCUUCUCCAGAACGACAUGCAGCUCGCCAAUGAGGCCUUCAACCGGGCGCAGUCGACGGAUCCCGAUUACGCGCACGCUUGGCUCGGCCAGGGCUUCGUGGCGCUUCUGUACGGAAAGGUCAAGGAGGCCAGGGCCUUAUUCACCCACGCCAUGGAGAUCGCCGAGGCGUCUUCGAUACUCACCAGACGCCAGUACUCGGUGGCAGUGUUUGACUUCAUCCUGAGCACGACAUCCGUCAACGUCGCCUCCCUCAUCCAGCCAAUCUUCGCCCUCGGCCAGCUCAACAGUCUGAAACCCCAAGACCUCGCAUACGGGCAUCUGUCUACAAUGUUCCUGGAGCGAACCCACGAUACCGGCAAGGCGGUGGAGAUACUGGAGAAGAUCUGCGGCAUCUUGGAGUCCGACUACGAAGUGACCGAAUCCCCGCAGUCCCUCGCGCACUUCGCGCUGGCCAAGACCGACCUGGCGAGGUCCUACCUGGCCUCCGGCGCAUACGAGCAGGCGAUCGAGUGCGGCGAGAUGGCCAUCCAGCUGAGCGCUGACGAGUCCGACAACGAGCUCAGCACGGAAGAGCGCAAGAAGGCGCGUCUCUCGGCGCACCUGACCGUCGGACUGGCGCAGUACUACAGCGAGGACGUCAACGAGGCGCUCCUGUGCUUCGAGUCGGCCCUCGAGGAGUCUGACCACAACCCCGACGCUGUCUGCCUCCUCGCGCAAGUGCUGUGGGCCACAGGCGCCGAGGAUUCCCGCGAGAAGGCCCGCGGUGCCCUGUUCGAGGUCAUUGAGAGGCAGCCCGGCCACGUCCAAUCCGUCCUCCUUCUCGGCGUCAUCGCCAUCCUCGACAACGACGAGGAGUCCGUCGAAGCCGUGGUGUCCGAGCUCCAGGGUCUCAGGACCAGCCACACAGUAGGAGACGUAGAUCAAUCUCAGAUCGGCGAGGUUCUCAACGCUAUUGUAAAGCUCGGGGAAACGAGCACGGAGGAGGACGUCAUGACGCAGAUCCAGACGGACAUCAUGCUCUACCCGCACCUGCCUCACGGCUGGUCGAAUCUGGCAGAGUUUGGUGGAGAGCAGCACGCCGCUGAGAUGGCGUUGACUGUGGCCAAGAAGGGCGCGCCGCCUAGAGGCACCCUUGAGGCGGAGAGUUUGGCAAAGGCAUAUGCUGGGACGGGAGUCGCGGCGGAUGCUCAGACGGCCAUUUUCUUGGCUCCCUGGAAGCCUGAUGGUUGGAACUCUUUGCGGGAGGCUGUGUACGGCAACUAA